AUGGAGAUUGUGCGGCGGAUCUCGAGCUGCGUGGACGGUGGCCAUCUCUUUGACUUCACACUCGAUGAGGCGUCACCGCAUGAGCCGGAGAUGGUGCGCGUGCAUCACUAUUACGUUGUGUCAACCGACCAGUCGAGCGCACACGCCUACUGCUACCUCUCCACACGCCUGUGUCCGCGUGACGUAGAUGCGGUGCUCAGCAGCUGGCUAACGCUUUACUGCCGUGUCUUUGGCGUCACCACAUACGAGCGCUUUCUCGAAAUGCGCCACAGUAUCUCCAACUCGAGCACUGAAGGUUACGCUCUCUUCGCCAGCGAGACCGUCGCGCGUGCAGCUUUGCGCGCUGUGGCCUCCAGCGGUGCACGGGCAUUGAGCAAGCGCUUUGAUAAUGAGGCACUGACGCACCUGGUGCAGACGCCGCGGGACGCAGAAGCUGGAGAUUUGGCGUCACCCCCCUUGUACGAUGACUGGAGGUCUUGCGUCGACGAAGAGAAGCUGGUAGGCGCUACCCCCGCCCUGACGGAAGAGGGGCGUGAACUGCUGGAGGAUCGCCUGCACAAGUCGCAGCUUCUUCUUCAGGCGGAGCGGUGUCGUCGUGAGGCAGAUGUGGCGGCGUUGCGCGACACGAUUGACGGGCUAAAGCGGGAGAUAGACAACCUCGUUCAGGGGCACAAGAACCAGCUUCACGAUUGUGUCGUGGAGCAGCGGAAUGCGCUGCUUCGUCUCGAGAGCGACGUAAAAAACAGAGAGUCGGAGCUGCAGCGUACUCACAGCGCGGCGGUGGAGGAGUGGGUUCGACUACUAAAGCAGUCAACACAAGAAAAUAGAUCGCUGGCGCAACGCCACAACGAGGCAUGCAUAGAGCUGGAGCGCUGGCGUAUCGAGUGUCAGCAGCUCAGGCAUAGACUAAACGCCACAAGGGCGACGGCAACGCGCCCAAUAGACUCCGUCAGUAGGGAGCAGUACAAUGAUUUGGAAAGGCGACAUCACCUUUUGCACAAGGAAUUCGAUGAGUUGUCCGUAGAGAAGACGGAUAUGGAGCAGCAGCUUCAGAAGGUGCACCACGAUUUAUGUCUCCGUUCUAGGGAAUUGGAACGCGCGUUGCAAGUGUUGAACUCCCUCGGAAAAGGGCUUGACUAUGUAUGGCGUGAGCUACCGCUUGUCUGUGAGUCUAGCGCCACUUAUGCCGCAUAA